GAAUUUGGAAUCAGACACAAACAAAGUUGUAAGUUUAGAAAACAAACAUUGUAACGUAAAUAUGAAUGGGAAGGUUUUGUUUAAAUUGUAUUUUUCAAAAAUUAAUUAAUAGUUUUGACAUGAUUAAGUAAUAGAAAAUUAAUUAAACUGGCCAUGAAAUAUAAGUAUAAGUUUAAUGGUAAAGUGAAAGAAAAAUGGAAAAGUCUUUUGCCCAAGUUCGUAAAGAACUAGACGAUCUAGGCUAUACAGAAACUUUUAGGCCAGAAUGUCUACCUUUAAUUCGAAGGCUUCUUGGCGAUUUAAAAAUCACCACAGAGAGUCUAAGGAAAUACAUGAAAAUAUCUCAGCAAGCUUUAGAGGAACGUGAUAGUUUGCAACUAGGUGCUGAACCAUACAAAUGUGAUAAUGCAAAACUUAUCAAGGAAUGUAAUGAAUUGCAUUUAGCUUUUAUUCAGUUUAAGGAGCAACACGAGAAGGUUCAAAGAGAUUUGCGGACUAAAAUAAUAUCUUUAGAAAAUCAGUUAACAGAUUGUGGGAUAGAAAAGCAAAAGCUUCUCGAUAAAUUGAGAGAUUUGCAGUUUGAUCUGAAACAUCCAAUUAGUAAAGAUAAUCUUCAAAAGUCACGGGAACAGCAGUCUAAAACAAAACUGACAGAAAAAAGCAGACAAUUUCAUUUGAGUACUGCAAUGGCGUCUGCCGAAUCUAGAGUAGCAUUUUUAAGUCAAGAAGUCAAAAAAUUAAAAGAUGAACAAUUGCAUUUGUUGAAAAAUAAUGAUUUUUUAAAUUCACAGCUAGAAAAUCGAAAUGAAGAAAUAAAACGAUUGAAUGCUUUAUUAGAAGGAGGAAGACCAAUUAAAGCAAUAAACAAAGACUGUUGUUAUAAAAAUAUAGACAAUAAAAUUGGAUCUCUUCAAGAUGAAAUUGACAAACUAAAGAGGGAGAAAAAUUCACUUCAGAAUCAAUUAACAGAAGCAUUAGCUAGACAACAUGAAGCCAUGAGAAGAGCCCUUAAUUUAGCAGAAAGGAAUAAACUUUUAGAGCACGAAAUGAAAGAUAUCGAUCAAAUUGCACUUACAGUGGAAGCAGAAUGUAAUAAUACAGUCAAAAGCAACUUUGAAAAAGUUACAAAAUUGCAGGAUAGUAUGAACGAGUCGUUGAUAAAAAUACAAACAUUGGAAAUGGAAAAUAAUAAAUUGAAAUUGGAAAAAAAGGAACUUAUUUCAGAGAUAGAAACUAUAAACUUUGAAAAGAAAAAUCUGCAAAUGUUAUUGGAAACAGAAACAGAAGACAAGAAGAGAUUAACGGAUAGAAUUAAUAAUUUUACUGUUAUAGAACAAGGUUUGAAUAUGGAAAUUGACAGGCUGUUGAGGUUAUCUGGUGAACAGAAACGGAAAAUAGCAGAAUUAGAAUCUGAAGUUUUUGCUGGAAAAUUACGUUCUUCGAAUUUGGAAAAUAAGACAAUUCAUACUAGAAAUGACGAUGCCAGUAAUAUAAUGAAAAAACAAGUGACUAGUACAAAGGAAUCUGUACAUCCUAAAAAGCCAUCAUCUGGACGAAAAAUUCAUAAAAAAACAUGUAAAAAAUCUUUGACAAAAUCCGAGCCCUUAGCCAAAGAAGAAUCUCAACAAAGUAAUGCCGAAAAAGAGAAAUUUUCAUCUGUUGCUUUACAGUAUGAUCCACAAAUGGGAUCUAAAUGUUGUUGUGAGGCUGGAGGCUGUGUUAAAUGGAUGAGAGAGCUAUUAGAAAAGGAUAUAAAACUGAGACAAGACCAGGCUACACAACAAAUCGAAUCAUUACGUAGUGAAAAGGAAUUCUAUCUGAAAGAAUACCAUAAAAUAUUGGAACAAAAUAAAUCGGCACCACCUUUUGAAAAAUCUAGCAAGCAGGUAGAAGAGUUAAUGAACAAAAUUCGUGAUAAAGAUCAACUAAUUAGUUCUCUUCAGGAAGAUUUGAAACAAUUGACUAGCGAAAAGUACUCUUUAACGUCUAGAUUGGAAGCUCAAAGUAGGGAACUGUCUACAAUUGAUUUAGAAGAGACUUGCUCGAAAACAUGCUGCAAAAGAAAAGCAAGAGAAUUGGAAGUCCACCGUGAAGAAGUAAAACAUUUAGAAAAAGAAAAUAUUUCCUUAAAAGCAAAAAUACAGGCACUCAACGAAACUUCAGUUUUCAACGAAGAACAAAUGAAGAAGGCGUUCUUAGAUAUGGAACAACAUAUCAUCAAACUCGAAAAUGAAAGACGAGAUUUAGUAAUUACCCAAAGUAGCAGUAGAUCAAAUAUAGCUCAUUUGGAAGACGACUGUCAACAACUCAGGGAAAAACUGAAGUUAGCUCAGAUCGACGCUAAUAACCAAAGAGCGAACUAUGAUCAACUUAAAAUACUUCAUGAUCAAUCCAAUAGAGCUUUAGCCGAUACACAAACUCAAUUACUUAGAGCCGAAACGGAACUGCAAGGUUUACAGUCCAAAAUGAAUCUUAGUCAUAGAGAAUCAUCUCAUUACGAACGAGAAAUUGCGAGACUACAAGGCGAUAUAGAGGUUAUGAAGAGUCAGUUAUCAAAAAUCGAUAAAGAAAAGGAUGAAUUAUUGAACGCUGUUGAUGAUAAAACGGAACAAAUAGAUAGAUUGGAGACGCAGUUAAAAGAAAAAAGGAAUCAGCUAAGCGCCAUGGAACUGGAGAAUAGAGAUUUAAAGAGGCAAAUGUGUAAAAUCAAUGAAGAAUCAUCUUCGCACGAAAUGGAAUCAAGAAAUUGCAGACAAACCAUACAUAUUCUCCAACAAGAUAUAGAUAAUGAGCGAAAAUUGAAAGAAGCUGCUUUACAAGAAAACAGACGUUUGCAAGACGAUCUCUCUUGCGUUUCUCUAGAUUGUCGUGAUGCAAGGAAAGAACUAGAAAUUGCUAAAAGACAAGUAGAAGAUCUUAAAAGGCAACUUCAACACUACGUAGCCGAAGUAAAACGGACAGAAGAUCUAAUAACUCAAAAAGAAUUAGAAAGAACUGAAAUAUUAGAUCAGUUCAAGAGUUUAUCGCAGGAGAAUAACGUUUUGGAAACUACCAAUCAUACAUUAGAGAGCGAGGCUACUCAAUCUAGAGUUCAAUUGUCUGUUGCUUUGGAUCAUGCGUCAGAUCUGGAAAGGAAAGUUGAAAAUCAAGAAGCUCUUAUAAAAAGUUACGAAAAACAGAUAUCAGAAUUGAGCAAUCAAGUCGCAAGUUUAGAAAUUCAACUUAAACAGGGUAGCUGUAUGACAGAUAGAGUAUCAACUGAGCUGAAACAACUAAAAGAUUUGUGCGUUAGACUCGACGGUGAUAAAGAUGAUUUGAAGAAAAAAUUGAGAAACCAAGAAGAUGAAACAAUAAAAAUUGAACGCCAGGUAGACUUUCUCACAAGGGAAAAUAAAGAGCUGAAACGAGCAUUGGAAAAAGAUCAUGAUAGCCAGGAAGGUUUGGAAAGACUCUUAAAAGAAGCAAGACAAGAAGUAAUUGACCAAAGAUUAUUAAACGAAGACUUGCAGUCUGAAGUAAAUAAGAUGAGAAAAAAAAUUGAUGAACUACAAGAAAGAUUAAGCUCUACUACUGAACAAUUGGAUCUCUUCCAAACAAAAGCUUUUGAAUGUAGUCAACAAAAUAAACAAUUGAGAAGGGACAUCGCAAACGAACGAUUUAGUAGAGCUAGGGAGGAUGGUAAUAAACAGUAUCCAUCACUUUAAUUUUUGUGUAAAAGAAUUGAUAUAAUGUUUCUUCAAAUUUUUUAUGUUCAUGACUUGAUAUUUAUAGAAAAAAACAGUAAGCCAGUGCUAAUUUAUUAAAUUCACUUAUGAAUAUAAUUGGAAAACUGAUUAGAUUUUCCAAUAAUAUAAAUGUAUUUACGCUUCUAUGGAAAGGUUCCAGAAUUAUUUAAUUGUUUUCAAGCCCUGUCAUUUUUACCAACCCACACGUCGUCAAGGCCAUAUUCCCCUUGCUGAGAAACAGUCCUCACUAUUUUUGAUUUAAGCCGUCCUCAUAUACGCUUUUCCAAAAAGUGAGGCAACUUGAUAUAUAGUAAUGACUUUCCCUGGAUUCAUAAUCAUUCAGUCACUUUUCUGACUGUAGACCGAUUUUAGGGGACCGAAAAAUCCGACAUCGAGUGGUUGUAAUUUCUAACGGCAAACUAAGAAGAUGGAUACCAUUUUCCCUAUAAAAAGAUAUGGCUUCGAGAUUGUAUGUGAAGAAUGAUUGUCCUGAACUAAAAGCACCAGAUUUUCGAUAUUCGACCGUACAUAGUUUUGAACACUCACAAUUUUUGGAAUUUUAUUGGGAACUGUUAGCAUCCCAGUUUCAUCCAUAUUAAAAAUUGUUUUUCCCCGAAACAAGUACUUUUCUUUAAGCUGUUGAAAACUAGAUUAAGUCCAAUGGUACGCGCUAAGCUUACUUUUUCCGGUUGUCUGAUAGCUAAAUGUUAUAUUUUUGGCAAAACGUUGUUAUCCAUUUCUUCCCAACAACUUUGGUUGUCUUAUUAAAAGGAUGAUUCAACUUUAAUUCCUCCGCGAAUUGAUAUACAACUGCUUGUAAUUCCUUGAUUGUCAACCCGUAAAAACGUUGAUCCGACUGUUUUAUUUUGUUUACUAAAUCAAAUUCUUGCUUCAAAUCAAAAACGGACUUAAAACGACCUAAAGAUGUGGGAAUAUGAUUUCAACCGUAUUAUCUGGCUAAGCAUCUUCUGGACUGUCCAUUGUUAAUGUUUUCUUUUAUUUCAUCCAAAAUUUUCUGUGUAAAUUACAAUUUGAUAGAUAAUUGAAGUUACAAAGGUCUUCGUCACUACAACUUUGAGUUACAGAGGUGCGAAAUCCAAAUUAUUCCUGUAAGUUAUAGUCAUAUUUUAAAGUAAAAGAGGUUCUGGCAAUACAACAUUUUAUGAAUUUAUGGAGGUUAUUACGUUAUCGAGUUUUAAGUUAUUAAGGUUUUACUAUAUUAUAUUUUUAUAAAUUUGACAUUUAUUGAUCGUUUUCUAAUAAUAAUAUGAUCAGUCUCCCAAUAUUAUCAAAUGUUCAUUUAUUCGAAAAUUAUAGAAACACUACUUUUGUCCUACGUUCAAAUUUAUUUCAAAUAUUACUGGUUUAUUGUUUUUCUGGUUUUGUUAAAAAUUAUUGUGUUUUUACAUAUUUCACACUUUUGUACAUUCUUUUCUUCAUUUUUGAAACACAUUAAUUCUUUUUCAAACUUAAAACACUUACUUAAAAUGGAUGUAUUUAAUAUUGCUAAUAUUCCAUUUUGAUUGAAAAGUUCACUUUAACCACAAUGAUUGAUCAAAAAAGCACUAUAAAUAAAUAAGUGUAAAUGAAUAUAACAGACUUUUGUGGCUUAAUAUUAAGCUUUUUACAUUGUAUACAUAUUAUACAAGAGUUGUCUGAAAAGUUUUCGACAUAACAAAGAAACAAGUGAUUUUUUUCAAUCACUUUUUUAAUUUUUCAACUUUUUCCAAACAGGCAUUUACAUAUGUGAUGCAUCCUCGUCUGAUGAAAACCUCACUCCUGGAAGUGAAACUUUAAGAAAAAGUCAUCGAUAGUGAAUACAGUGGGUGAUCUACCAAUUCGAAGUGUAAUUCGAGGAUUUUAGAUAUCGCGAUCAAGUGUGAGAACGUCGCUUUUUUGCUAUUUUUCUCUUUACCUCAUCUAAUCUCAUAUUAUUGUUUCACCUUUUUGAAGAUGAUCGAUGAACACAAAAACGGUCGCCAUCACUUUUCCGAGCAACGAAACAUUCUCUACCAUUUUGGAGCAGGUUCUCCCUUUGCGAUCCACUGUCUUGGCUGUUUCAGCAUUUCAGGAGGAUAGUGGCGUAUCCAUGUUUCAUCCACAGUUAUAAAUCGACUCAAAAAAUCCUACUUAUUUUGCAUUAAUAAGGCUUGGAAAAUCUUCAUUUGAAUGCGCUUAUGGUCCUAACAUUAAUCCGACGGUCGUUCAGUACCAUUUGGUGAACUUGUUCGAUGACAUCACUGAUUGUCGUGAGUGAAGCUGAUAGGGUCAUGUUUGAAUUCAUGUACUCAAAAUUUAACGAUCGUUAAUAAUGGUGUGGAGUCACCUCUUUUAUUUGCGUAGGCGUAUUUUCUUUCAAAAACAAACACUAUUUAAUACAUAUUUUUGGAAAAAUAUUCACAGCGAUGACUCACUCAUACUAUUGUCAAACACAAACUAUGCGUCAAAAAUAUUUUUCCCACUUUAUACUGAUAGGCAAGCUCUGACAUCUUUAGGCUGAAGUCGGAAACUUUUUAGACAACAGUCUUAUAUGUUUAGGAUUGAUUUUACUUAAAUACUUUUCUUCUGCACUAAUUUCAUAAAGUUUCGUUUAACUAGAAAAAAAUAUUUCACAAUAAACAAUAAGAGUAUACAAGUUUUUCUUGUCCAUCUGUCAAAAAUGUUGCUACCAAUUCAAAAAUUUUAGGAUCGUCAUAAAAUUGACUUUGGCUAGAUAAUUUGGAAGACCUCAAUGGCAAAGCAGACUGAUAAGUUUUAUAUAAUGUACGUAAUAAAGUUGUAUAUAAUUUCGUACUUAUUACCUGACAUUUCAAUUCGAAUAGGCUAUUAAUUCAGAUAGUAUCAUGUAAAAAGUGAUUUUAAUUCAAUUAGCUGACUUUUUGGAAGAGAAGAAUGUUUAAAAAUUGUGUUAUUAUCGAUAAUAUCCAAGAUUGAAAUAAGCAGACUGAUAAGUUUUAUAUAAUGUACGUAAUAAAGUUCUAUGUAAUUUCAUAUUUAUUACCUGACAUUUUAAUUCGAAUAGGCUAUCAAUUCAGAUAGUAUCAUAUAAAAAGUGAUUUUAAUUCAAUUGACUGACUUAUUGGAAGAGAAGAAUGUUAAAAAAUUGUGUUAUUAUCGAUAAUAUCCAAGAUUGAAAUAAGGAAAUCUUUCAGAGCGAAGUAUGAGUAUUUUACUACUUAUAAACAAUUGUACUAAUAAGAAUUAUUAUCAAUCUAUCCUACAUUUCAUUUUCUGUAAUAUGUUUCUCCUUUUUUCGGUCAUCAUCUCAAGUUAACAUCUCUGUGUAUUUUAUUAUUGUCGGUAGACCAAGAGCUCAUUAACAUUGUUUGAUUCCUUGUACAAUAUUAUAUAAUAUAUUCAAUUGAAUCACUUUUUAGUUACUUUUAAAAAGCAUUAUUUUAAUCCUUAAAGCUAAGUACAAAAAUAAUUGAUUUUAUUGAAAACUGAGAUUUUGGUGUAUUAUCAGACCUUAUCGAUGUUAUCUAUAAAAUAAGUCCAAAAGUUUUUAUACUAAUUUUUUGUAAUACUAAAUAAUUUGUAUGUUCUUAACGAUGGAGGUUGAUGUGUCCGCUGUCACAUCAACAAACGUCCACUAUUGCUACAAACAUCAGAAUAUAUCACUACCAAUGGAUUUUGACGUACCAUUAUUAAUUUAUUAAUUUUGUUCUUUCCUUGCUCUACAGGAGUUAUUAUAUUGAUGUUAAUAUCGUAUUAGAAUAUCAUUUUAACUUAUAUGUAAUGGAAUUUUACAAGAACAAGAUGUAUUUUAUAAAUUAAGUUUUAUUAUAAAAUUUUUAAAAUAUUUUUAUAUUAAUUUAUAGUGUGUGCCUUAAUUUAUCUGAAAUCGCUAUUAAACUAAUAUAUAUCUAUCAUUUUAAUAAAAUUAUACAAUUUUCUACAACUUAUUUGUAUUAACCCAGUACUCAAAAAUAUAUUUAAUUGAUUACCGAA